AUGGCUGGGAGGAAUGAUGCUGCGAUAGCUACUGCUUUGGAAGCGAUGGCUCAGGCUAUGCAGAACCAACCGAAUGCUGACGAGAAUGCUGGAUCUCGUAGUUUGGCGACUUUCCAAAGGGAGAAUCCUCUGGUUUUCAAGGGUACGCAUGACCCUGAUGGUGCUCUUGAUUGGUUGAAGGAGCUCGAGCGAAUAUUCCGUGUUAUGGAUUGCACUCCUGCUCAGAAGGUCAGAUAUCGCACUCAUAUGCUGGCUAAGGAAGUUGAUGAUUGGUGGUUGGAGACACUUGCUAGGUUGGAGUUUUCAGGUGAGGAAGUCACUUGGAAUGUGUUCCGUAGGGAAUUUCUAAGGAAGUAUUAUCCUGAAGAUGUUCGGGGUAAGAAAGAGAUAGAAUUCCUAGAGUUGACGCAAGGGAACAAGUCUGUGACCGAGUAUGCUGCCAAGUUCACUGAGUUGAUUAAGUUCUAUCCUCACUUUGAUGGCGAAGGUGCUGAAUUUUCUAAGUGCAUCAAGUUUCAGAAUGGGUUACGCUCGGAGAUCAAGAAGGCUGUUGGGUACCAAAAGAUCCGUUUGUUUUCUGAUUUGGUUGACAGUUGUAGGAUCUUUGAGGAAGAUAGUGAAGGAUAG